AUGAAUAGUUGUUUUGCAAAAACUAUUCCAAGACUCAUAAUCAAAAAGGCCAUCUAAACAAAGCCUAAAGUAACUUUUUUUUCAUAAAAAAAGUAAUCCGAAUCAAUAUUAACAUAUAAAAAUAAGCUUAGACUAAACAGCGUUAAAAUGCCCUCAAUUGUUAAUAAUAUAAUCUUAUCCAAAAGAGAGCAUGAUUUAUAUUUGUAGAUUAUAAAACAUUGAGUUAUACUACUGAUAGAUAUUAGUAAGCAUUGCAAAAUUUAUUAUUCUUAGAAAAGUAUUAAUAAGAUAUGGAAUAUCAUAGUUCUGGAAAUAUCUAAUGCAACAAAUUUUAUUUUUAGCUUUUCAACUGAUUAUUUUUCCUUACCAUCGUUGCAUAUACUAAAAAAUUUUAAUAACAAGUUUAUAUAUGAGAAGAAUAUUAGGCCUGCAAAAAAUGUGCUUAAAAUACUUCUCAAAUUGUUGA